AAGGGGCCGGUUCCUCCCCCCACUCAGAGCCGCUGGUGUUGCAGCCAGAGCCGGGGAGUGAGAGGCACAGAGCGCAGCGCCAGGAGAGAGAGACGCUGAGUAUCGGGGGGAGAGUGUUGGGCACCGGGAGAGACGCACAGCGGGCACAGAGGGUACAGCGGGCACAGUGGGUACAGAGGGUACUGCCCGUUCCCGUAUCAGGACCUGCGGGGCCAGUUGCGCGGAGUUGGAGGGAGCGCAGAGCAGCAUGUGAGUGGCACCCCCUGUCUCCCAGCACCCAGCAGCCUGGCACUGCCACCCCAAGAAGCACCAUUCGUUUCGCAGCGAUGGAGGGGGACAAUCUGAGCUGCAUCAAAUAUCUCAUGUUCAUCUUCAACUUCUUCAUAUUCCUUGGCGGCGCCACCCUGCUCGGACUGGGCGUCUGGGUCUUUGUCGACCCUACUGGGUUCCGGGAAAUCAUCGCCACCACACCGCUGCUGUUCAUGGGGGCCUAUCUUGUCCUGGCCAUGGGGGGCAUGUUGUUUUUGCUGGGUUUCCUGGGCUGCUGUGGAGCCAUCCGAGAGAACAAAUGCCUGCUGGUCUUUUUCUUCAUGUUCAUCCUGGUGAUAUUCCUAGCGGAGCUGUCAGCUGCCAUCCUGGCGUUCCUGUUCCGGGAGAAUCUGUCGAAAGACUUCUUUGCGAGGGAGGUGAAGAAGCAUUAUCAUGGCGACAACAGCACCGAGGUCUUCUCAUCAACAUGGAAUUCCAUCAUGAUUACUUUCGGAUGUUGCGGUGUAAAUGGACCAGAGGACUUUAACGAUGCCCAUCGCUUCAGGGCCAUGCACCCAUUUGCCCCAGUGCCCGAGGCUUGCUGCCGGAGGGAGGUCCAAUCCAGAGCUGGGAAGAUCGUUAGCAGGGCGGAAUGCCUCACAGGCGGAGAGAACUAUCAGAACCGACAGGGCUGCUACUCGGUGAUAGUGAACUCCGUGGAGCCGUACGUGUAUAUUGCCGGAGCUCUGGCUAUUGGGGUGUUGGCCAUAGAGCUCCUCUCGAUGGUGUUUGCCAUGUGCCUGUUCCGAGGGAUUCAGUAAAAGCCAAGAGACUACAGAGAGAAGAAUGUGCCAAACUUUCUGGGUCUUCACAUCCCCCUCCUCCUAGGGAGAAACUUAAAAAAAAAAAAGGCCGACCCUUCCCCCCACCCGGAAUGUUCCACCCCACGACGUCUGGGAUUAUUCUUCGCUUGUAGUGCUAUUUGUUCUGCAGCCCGAACCAAUGACUUAUUAUGAAUAGGGGAUAGUUUAUCCCUCCGAUUAUGAAUUAGUGACUAAUAAAGCCCCCCCUACAGGCAGGAUACGGCAACUCUGUCUCUUUAGUACAACUACAUAAAGGGGUGCUUUGCCAUAAUAUUAUAUCCAUCAAGGGACUGAAUGAAACAGUCGGAUUCCAGGGUCCUGCUCUGAAGAGCUUACAAUCUAACGGCAUAUUGAACUAUUCCCCCCAUGUCACAGGGGGAGAGGUGACAGUCUCUUUGCUGAAUGCUGGAUUGUAAUCGCCAUAAUGUGAAAUAUUUGUCCCCGCACCUCAAAUCUGACACAGUGAAAAAGGGGCGGGAGAGAAUGUGUCGCUAGGGGCAACAGCGGCAGCAAAAGAACUCCUUCGAUCCAUCUCAGCUCCUGUGUCGUGUAGGGAGACCAGCAUGCAUUGCACCCUGCUGCAGAUUUUACUGGGAAAGCGCACUUAACCACAUGACUACUGAUUUAUUAUUAUAUAGCAUCCCAGGGCUGCAAUAUGGCUGUCGUCACGGUAACCCACUACAGCUAAGGGUUAAGCAGACAUAACCAUUACCUGGGGGGAGGGGCAUCAGGGGGCUUCUGGGUAUUUUUGGCUCACAAAUAGGGGGGUGCACCUUGGACACCCUUGUCUAGUUUCCAGCAGCAGCCAUUUCUUUUGCACAUGUGACCAACGUAUGCCCAAUGCAAUCGGCCGGUGCUCGAGUGGGAGGGGCUUGCACUAUUUUGCACAUUGUGACUCACCAGUGGGUGCAUUACGAGGGCGGCCCUCUGUGCCUUAAAGCUGAGAGACAGCGGCCCAACAAGGAGGACACCCCAGCAUUGGGCGCAGUCGGCCCAGUAAAGACUGGCAUUUAAUCACUUUCAUUAAAUGGUCGUUUUUAACCAUUUGUAGGAAAAAUACGACACUGCCCAACCCAAUGAGGAAUUUGUAUUGAUAAAACCCUUUUAUUUCUACAAAUCCCCAGCUAUGAUAGGCUCGACUCCAUAGGCCAGUAGCCAGAUCGCUUCCCCCCGAUUCUCAUCUGGGCUCCACCAGGGCUGUUGUGCUCCUUAAACCAGAGGGUUUUGGCUAGUGGCACGCUGGGUAUUUAGAAGUGUGUUACCUUGGGGCUUUACUUGCCCUUUAAUUCAGUUUGCACAAUGCUGCUUAUUGUGUUUGCCUUCAGGAUAAUGGCAGCCUCCGACCCAUGACUUUCUAUUGACAAUACGGUUGUGUUCAUUGUGUCUGUGCUUGUGCGUGUGUGGGGCCACUACUGCGGGGCCACUACUGCGGGGCCACCCCUGCCCCCCUACAAUGGUCGGCCGCCAGCUUUUUCUGGCCUUCAUGUGUUUUUAACUAGUGAUGGGCGAAAUGUUUUGCCAGGCGUGGGAUUCGCGGUGAAUUUCCGCGUUUCGCCAUUGGCGGAUUGUUUUGCGAAACGAAUGAAAAAAUUUGCCGCGGAAAAAUUGGCCGCACGUCCAAAAAUUGUCGCAGGGGCGUCAAAAAAUUGUCGCGGGCGUCAAAAUCAAUAGUUGCAAGCACCAAAAUAAAUAGUCGCGCGUCAAAAGAAUAGUUGCGGGCGACAAAUUUUUUUUUUACACGCGACAUUUUUCCCCGUUUUGCGAAUCUUUUAAAAGAUUUGCGAAUUUUUCAGCGAAACGGGACAGAUUCGCUCAUCACUAUUUUUAACCUUUUUUGCCUAUUAAUAACACAGGCCUUAUUUCUACAGGCCAGAGGGCAACCCUAGCCACCUCCCUCAUUGCAAAGCUGGGCCCCCUGACCAUCAGAGCUCCGCCCAGGCCGCCGGCACUCACGGGAGGCGGGGCUUAACUGUUCAGAACUCAAUUUUGUAUUUGUAAAACGCUUGUUCCUAUCCAGGUUCUGCUGCCGUAUUGUGAUAUUUUGCUACUGUCCGAUGUUCUUUUUUCUAUGAGCAGACAUCUGUUUUGUAACGACCGAAGCGGCCUGACCCGCUGCCCGCCUCUUAUUUCUGUAAAAAAUAUAAAAAUAUCAAUAAAAAUUGUGAGAAAGUGA